AUGGCCUCCAUUACCCAGUCAUCUACCCCAGAGAUUCCAGACAACCACAAAGAGAGCUGGCGGGCCCUUCUCGCAACCGCGGAGGCAUAUUGUCAGAAGUCCGGGUGCGACCUGGCCAUUCUUACAGCCUGCAAGAAGUUCCGGCCACCUGGGGUGGAGGGUGACGGGAGGAAAAGGGAGAGUGGCAGCGUGUUGCCCACCUGUGGGCGGACAUGGGAUUUCGCCUAUCACGUGUGGGGUCCGGGGGCAUUGGCGGAGUCCUCGCGGCGCUACAUGGAUGACAUCGCUGUGCUGCACUCCACGUCGAUGCUGACCGCACACAGACACACACACCUGGGGGCGGGGGACGGAACCAAGCUGGUGGCGGACGUGCCCACUAUCAGGGCGAGCCUAACCAAUGAGGGCGGCGUGGGAAGCGUCAGCCCCAGUACCACAAUCUACUCACAAAGCUACCCAUCCAUCUAUCACUCGGGCCCUGCCAUUGGCCAGGUCGCUGGGCAUCAUGGGAAUGAGGAAAGGGAGCGAGAAACGGGUCUGAUAAUGGAGGAGCCUGAGCGAGGGAGAGACAUGCCUGGAAAUGGGGACUUGGAGGAGUGUGAGGAUGAGGAAGAUGAGGAGGACAUGGAGGAGCGGAGCCGCAAUCUGAACGAGACUGCAGGAGUGUUUUCUAUGGAUGAGGACUCGCUGUCUCGAGAAUGUGAACCGUUCUGUGAGUCUGAUGGCGAGGAGGAGAGCACUGACGGCUCACUGAGUGAGGAUUGUCCUCCUCCAACGCGUAGCUUGGCCAUGGUUCAGCCGUUCGCAUCCCGCCACCCCAACUCCAUGAACAUGGCUCGCUCCCUCCCCGUUUCAGUCCCCGUGUGGGGCUUCAGGGGCAACCGACCCCCCCAGGGGGAAGGACACAGCGGGGAACGGGCCGGUGUCGCUGACCUGGAUUACAUUGCUGCCAGCAUGAAGGCCCUGUUGGCCCCUGGAGCCAACGAUGGAACAGAAAUGUUUGGAGGACUACCUCGCCCUCGCCUCAACACGGGAGACUUCUCCCUGAAACACUGAGAGCCAGAGGAAGCGAGGCAGGGGAGGAGUCAGAGAGAGAGUGGAUGAAAGUGAGCUGGUUAAUUGGCUGGGAGACGGGAAGUAUAAGUAACUAACCACAGAGAAGUACUCCAGUCAGUGUAUUAGCUUAACACUAACCAUAAAUUACACAGACAGUGUUUGCAGAGAGGGAUUAUCUGACACAAUGUAUGCUGGUAUACAGUGUGUACACACACACACACACACACACACACACACGGUCAUAUUCAGCACAUUGCACCUACUCACACUUGAACACUACAUACAAGACAUUCUUUAAAUGCUACUUGGCUUUCAAUGUGCUCAUAGGCUGCAUUAAGAGACAGUCCUAUUCAGAUUUCAGAAAGAUCUGAUUGGUCAAAUGACCCUUUUUGGGGGGGAAAAUAUAGAAUUGGACUGCCUGUGUAGACCGUUACAACUCAUUGUGCUGACUGAAAUCAACACUAACAUAUUUGAUACUAUUCUGACUGGCACAAGAAAUAACCUUGUGCAGGAUAACCUUUCUGAACAGAAGGAUUGGGUCACCCUUGCAGAAAUGCUUUUCAAAUUGAGUUGGAAGCACCACGCAUUCAUGAUACAGGCCUAUUUGUACUUCUGCUUUGCCAGUGUCUGUCUGUCUGACUGACUGAUAGAUAGAAUGAUUGUACAUCGCUAUUAUCCAAGAUCUUAUGUUGACACUAAUAAUAUGCUCCAAAUAUCUUGACUGAAUGAGUGAGCAAGUGAGUUUGAGCGAGUGAGAGCAGAGGUGAACAGAGAUGUAUCAUUUCAUUUCAGAAGCCGAUAAAAACCUGUAUGUUUUUAAAUAAAGGAGCAACAUCAGUUUA